AUAGCUAAAAUUGGAAAUGUUGACCCCUUUGAAUUAAGAAAUUGGAGCAGAGACCCUGAACAUUUGCCUCCACUGACAUUCCCAGACAUAUUUGCAUACCUGGUCUGUGGUGUCAGUGUUUACACCGCAAGUAAUUUUAAGAAUUACAAGUCAAUGGAAGCGCAUGUCCAAUUUGCGAAUGGCUGGGUACACGAUUUGGACAUUUUUAACCCCUUGGAUUGUGAAUACGUUGUGGUUCGAACAAAGGUUAUGCACUCUCUGACUCUCUGAGCCGCCAUUAACACCGUGGGUCAUGCUGAGCGACACUGGCACAGUUGAGUGUGCACACUGCACCUGCAUGGCAGGGGUAGCCGAGACCUGCACUCAUAUCGGUGCCCUACUUUUUAAGCUGGAAGCAACAGUGAGGAUAGGAGGCAGAAAAACUGUUACAGAUGAGCCAGCAUACUGGGUAUUACCUGGCAAUCUGACUAAGAUUCAUCCAGAAGUCGGCCAUAAAAUUGACUAUAGUACUUCAGCUUCUCAAAAGAAGACACUUGACCAAAAAAUCCACACAAAAGUCCAAACAACAGCCAGAAGAAGCCAUCCACAAAAAAGAAAAACCCCACCAGCAAAUCUGGAAGAUUUGGCUCCUCUGCUUGACACGCUACUAGAGCACAGCAAGGCUGUUGGUUUAUCAGGAAUGGAGAAAUAUUACACACAAUUCACCCACACUGAGCAGAUCGUACCUCAGUCACUUGCAUCUCUGCACAACAAAAACAUAGAGUCCAAUGACCUGUCAGCUAUUUUGCUGUGCUGUGAAAAAUACAAAGAUGCUGCAGUAGUGACAGAUGAGCAGGCAGAAACCAUUGAAAAGCACACGAGACUGCAGCACAAGUGUUCUGCCUGGUAUGAAUAUAGAGCUGGACGAAUUACAGCUUCCAGAAUGCAUGCUGUAUUUGCCACUAGUUUGGAAAGCCCAGCACUGACAGUUGUUAAACAGGUGUGUAACCGAGGCAACACAUUGUCUACAGUGCAAACAAGGUGGCGUGUGAAGCAUGAGGGUGAUGCACAAAAAGCCUACAUUAAAAUUACAGCGAGCAGUCACAAAAAUCUACAAGUUAAACCAUGCGGUUUCAUCAUAAACACCAACUUCCCUGAAGUCGGAGCAUCUCCUGAUGGACUCACGAUGUGUGAUUGCUGUGGGAAUGAAUGCCUUGAGAUAAGGUGCCCUUUCAAAUAUAGGACAUGUCGCAUCCAGCAGGCCGUGGAUGCAAAUGACAAAAACGUUUGCCUACAGUUGUCUGGCAAUGAACUUCACCUGAAGAAACAACAUCCAUACUACACACAGGCACAAACUGAGAUCUUUGUUACAAAAUCAAGCUACUGUGACCUUGUUGUGUGGACCCAGAAAGACAUGGCUGUGGUCCGUGUCUUUCCAGAUCAGAAAUUCUGGGAACCACACCUCCAAAAAGCACAAAGUUUCUUUAAAAAUAUUUGUCUCCCUGAGCUUGUCGGUAGAUAUUUCUCAGAGCACGCCUGUACCCCAGCUUCGAGGGAGACAUAACUGGGUAAAAAGUAAUCGAACAGCAUGUAAAUUGUGCUGUGCGACUUAUAUUUGCACUACUUAUUUUUGUGAAGCAAUUUCCCCUAUAUAAGGUAUUACCUCAGAUGAUGUUCAUCACGUUUACAUAAAAUGUUUUCUUUGAAGUGUUUAAUUACAUUAAAUGAUUUCUUAGAAAUAGGAUAUAUUUCAUUACAUAUUUACUCGUUACCUGAAAUGUUAUGCAUCAAAUGUUUAGU